CUCACCGCUGACGAUUUAUUUCGGUCAUUUCGCUCGUGCAGAAAAUCUUGAAUUUUUGAGCGCAUCAUUUCGUUUCGUCAGCGCUCCAAGACUCAUCUAAUAUUCGGCGAAGAAAGACAAUUAAAGUGGCUAUUUGUGUAAUUUUAUAGUCACAGCAAUGACUCUACCUGUUAUUAAUCAAUAAAAAUUUCUCGUUAGAAUACAAAAAUCAGCCGUCAGUGCUGCUUCGGACGUGUGAUCGACAGUUCGUGGUUAGAAAUACGAUUAAAACGAAGAAUCUGCAGCGUUUGGUUUUCUUGUGCUGAAGGUGUUUCAAAUCAAUAACGUCAUCUGCAACUUUACCGCACGUGUCAAGCGUGUAAACAAACGGAAAAUCGAUCGAGGGAAAACAUGAAGGCCUGGACUGGUACAACUGUUAUCACUUUGUUGAUCGUCAGUUUUUCAUUGACCGACUGCAGUCUGCCACCUUUGGACAAGAUUGUUGAUGAAAUUCAUACAAUUUCCAAAUACGUCGAUGGACAUUCCAAAAAAUCAUCGCUCUACAAAUGGUGGAAAUACGCGGAUGAUCCAGAAUUGUAUAUGACUACUCCGGAAAUUAUUCGGAAAGAGGGAUACCCGGCCGAAGCACAUGUGGUACUCACGGACGAUGGUUAUCUACUGACAAUGCAUCGCAUUCCUGGACCACCCAACUCGCCCAUUGCCUUUUUGCAGCAUGGUUUGCUUGCUAGUUCAUCGGACUGGGUGAUUACUGGCAAAAAUCGAGCUUUAGCUUUUAUAUUAGCAGACAUGGGCUACGAUGUUUGGAUGGGAAAUGCAAGGGGUAACACUUAUUCUAAGAGCCAUAUCAAUUAUACCACGUCCGAUUUGAAGUUUUGGAAUUUCAGUUGGAACGAAAUGGCUAUCUACGAUUUGCCAGCAGAGUUAUCAUACAUUACGAAUAUAAAGAAAGAUAAAAUGAUAUACAUAGGCCACUCGAUGGGAACGACAAUGUUUUUCGCCAUGUCCAUAGACAAACCGGACGUGGCGUCGAAUAUCAAGGCUAUGUUUGGAUUAGCACCAGUUGCCUUUUUAAAUCAUAUUAAAAGUCCAGUGAGGCUACUCGUUCCGUUUCUUCCUGAAUUAGAGCUGAUCAUUCGUUUUCUGGGAGAAGGUGAAUUUCUACCACAAAAUUCGAUUAUAAAGUUCCUUGCUAAGUACGGCUGUGAUAUCGAUGUAACGGAAGAGAAAAUAUGCGCCAACACGUUAUUCGUCAUAUGUGGUUUCGAUACGUUACAAUUCAAUUAUACACUUCUACCGAGAAUUCUGUAUCAUUCACCAGCGGGUGCAUCGACGAAAACUUUAAUUCACUUUGCACAGGAAAUCAAGUCUGGAAGGUUUCAACGUUACGAUUAUGGAGCUGAAGUUAAUAAAAAGUUGUAUCACAAUUCUACGGUGCCUGAUUAUGAUCUCACAAAAGUUCAAGUUCCAGUUGGAUUAUUUUGGGCUGAAAAUGAUUGGUUGGCUAGUCCAAUUGACGUCCAAAAGCUAUCUGAUUUAUUACCAAACAAUAUUUUGAAUCGCAAAGUUGACUAUCCAACGUUCAACCAUCUGGACUUUAUGUGGGCUGUUGAUGUACCAAAACUUGUUUAUAAAGAUCUUAUUAUUGCCAUGAAUAAGUAUCGAUAGUUUGAGAUUUACUAACAAACUUGUACGGCACGUUGAUCGUGUAAAUACAAAGUCAUUCAUUACGCAGACUUCGUUGAAAAAUUUGAUUCAUUUUCCUACUGAUUAGAAUAUAAACGUCUUUGGUGUAAUAUUAUUUUGUAGUAAAAUGGCUUGAAUUGAAAUUGAUGACUAUUUUAAAUGUAGCUUCCAAAUAUAAUAUUUUUCUUAGUAAUUACCUUUUUACUACUUUAUGUAACACAUAUAAUUACGUUUGUCAUUCAAUUUACCACAGACAAAUUAACCACGCUUACUUGGUCGGUUUUAAAAUAUGUUACUUUUCAGAUGAUUCUUGUAUCAUAAUUCUCGUGAACUUGAGUUACGAUCUAAUCGACGUAAUUUUUUAAUUAUAAUAACUUUCUAUUGCAAGAAAAAAAAAUAAAAAUGUUACAAAGAAAAGCAGAAAAAUGUGUCAUCUGAAUAGCUAGCUACGUCGCGAAUUUUCUUCCGUAUUGUCAACGUGGGUGUAAUAUGGAUUGAUCUUCAGUGUCAUUUCACGAU